CUGCCCACACGCCGUCAUUGUGUGAGGACAGUCCGAGUGACUCUGAUCCAUUCAGCGCAAUCAAAUCAAGUAAAAAUACCCGAGCAAUAAAACUCGUCCUUGACUUUAUAUAUAGCUCAGUAUCAGCCGUUUUCUUUUCAGCUUUCCAUUCUGAGUCAUACGAAUGAUACCUGAGGGACGGAAGAACUGAUCUGGUCUUGUUUCUUGUUUUCAGAUGCUCAGUCCUUCCUGGCUUUUGGCUGCAGCAGUCUUGUGUUUUCACAGUCCAUAUGCAGAUGGCCGCUGCUUGGAUUUGAUAGACUGCAUGGGCCUUAAAACUAAUGAACAAAAACGGCAGUGUAUCAGGCAGUGCAGAUCAGCGCAAGAAUCCUCCAAUUACGGGAGAGCUUCUUCAUCUGAACAGCAGAACAGUGAAGAAGAGAGCCUGAGUUUGGGUUUGCUCUUAUCGGCUCUGUCUCCUGAUUCAACCGAGCUCAGAGACGCUACUGGAGAAGCCCCUCACAACGACGAGAGGAGGUCUUACUCCAUGGAGCACUUCCGCUGGGGCAAACCCAUGGGCCGCAAACGCCGACCCGUCAAAGUCUUGACCGGCGGCGCCCUGGAGGAGGAGGAGCCCGAGGAGUCGGCGGAAAGCGUCCGCGUGGAACGAGGGCAGAACGGCACGCUGGACGUUCAGCAGAGGAACAACGCAAAGAGCAACGGGAAGUAUCGCAUGACCCAUUUCCGCUGGAACACCCCACCUGACAAGCACUACUGAGGCUUCUUGAGGCCGUAUUCGGAUCAAUCCCAUAAACCCCUGCUCAUGCUCAUACGAAACGUCAUUGUUAAAGACGCACAGCAGUUCAGAGAUUAAGAGAGGAGAGAAUGGACAGAAUUUUUGGUGUCAAAACAUUUAAAUGUGUAACAUGUAAC